AUGGCGCCCUACUUCAUGAGGAACCUCGUUCCCAAACGGCAGCGCACCGAACAUGAAUUGACUCUUUGGCAAGCCCUGAUGUCGAUAACGCCCGUCCAAUGGGCACUCUUCUGGUCUGGAUGGCUUGCCUGGACAUGCGACGCGAUCGAUUUCUUCAGUGUAUCUCUCAGCGUCACGCACCUCGAAGACCAAUUUGGCAAGAGCGCGCACUCCAUCACAACCUCCAUAACCCUCACCCUUCUCUUCCGUUCGGCCGGCGCCGUCAUUUUCGGCAUGCUAUCCGACCGUUACGGCCGCAAAUACCCACUCAUCUUCAACCUGCUCCUUUGCGCCGCUUUCGAGCUUGGAGCCGGAUUCGUCCAGACGUUCCCUCAGUUUCUCGCCCUCCGGAGUCUCUUCGGUGUAGCGAUGGGUGGGAUCUGGGGAUUGGCUGCCGCGACGGCAUUGGAGAACUUGCCCGUGGAAGUCCGUGGCCUUGCUAGCGGCGUCCUGCAGCAAGGUUACGCCGUGGGAUAUCUCAUCGCCGCCGUCGUCAACCUACAACUCGUGCCUUCGGUACACGUCGGUUGGCGCUCGCUCUUCUGGACCUCAGCCGGCGUAUCCGUCUUCGCCGCGGCGGUUCGCCUUCCUCUGCCCGAGUCCGCGGUCUUCCUACGUGCAAAGGAAGCUGCGCGUGCGAGAGGCGAGACGACUGGAUCCGCCAGCCACAAGACCAAGGUGUUCAUGCGCGAGUCCGGCCGCAUGUUGAGGAAGCACUGGCUCCUGUGUAUCUAUGCCGUCUUGCUCAUGACCGGAUUCAACUUCCUCUCACACGGAUCCCAGGACCUGUACCCGACCUAUCUGCAGACUUCGAAGGGUUUCACCGCUCACGACGCGACCGUCGCGACCAUCAUCGGCAACUGUGGUGCCAUUGCGGGUGGCGCGAUCGCCGGCUGGAUCUCGCAGUACAUCGGGCGGCGACUCACGAUCGUCAUCUUCGUGCUCAUGAUCGGCGCCUUCAUUCCGCUCUGGAUCCUGCCUUCGAGUUUCUCCGCGCUCGCGGCCGGCGCGUUCUGCAUCCAAUUCGGCGUGCAAGGCGCAUGGGGCGUCAUCCCGAUUCAGCUCGCGGAGAUGAGCCCGCCCGCGUUCCGUGCGACCUUCCCCGGCGUGGCGUACCAGCUCGGAAACAUGGUCAGCAGCGCCAGCGCGCAGAUCGAGGCCACCGGAGGCGAGAAUCUCCGCACGCACAUCAUCGUCGACGGCAAGCGGAAGGAGGUACCGGAUUACGCGACCGUGCAGGGCAUCCUCAUCGGCGUCGUCGCGGCGUUUGUGAUCAUCAUCACCAUCAUCGGCCCCGAGAACCACGGAGCGCACUUUGAAAAGGGCAAGACGGCGUUUGAGGAGGGUGCCGGCAACGAUGAGCUCGUGGAAGAUGACGGCGCGGAGGUCCAGGAGCACCGUAUUCGGGAGAAGGGCGCCAGGGAUAGCACGAGCGACGGCAGCGUCAGGGUCGAUGAGGGCGCGAGCAAGGAGGCCGUCUGA